CAGUUAGCUCCCUUAUUUUUAGACCAACUACUCUGGUUCCAAGUUAAUUUUUGGAUUUCAGAAUGUGACACUUGAUUACGAUGCUAAAAUAUUCAUCCUUUCUUAUAGUCCUUAUAUUUCUGACAGUUAUUAGCACGUCAUUCGGAAAAGCACUGCAACCAUGGGUGCCAGAUAUUGUUAACCUGGAACCUAACAAUCAGACAGUUUUAUCAGUGUCACAAAUUAGUAAAAAUGCCAAUUAUGCUGUUUUCCAAGCUCACACUCAGUAUAAAGAUGUCACUCUGUCAUUACAUCCAAAUAUCACCAUGGAAACCUCAGAGACAGGAAGUAGUAUUGGAAUAUUGGUGGUUAUAAACGGACAAACAUCUCUAAAUGUUUAUUUGACAUCACACCUAAAUGUUACAACAAAUGUCCUGGUUUUCAUCAGUAUCAGUGCUGAUGCUUCCACUCCAGUGCCAGGAGGAUGUAAUUUAGAAUUCAACAUGGAAAAUGACCCAAAUAUUCACAUUGCUUUUAGGAAUGAAAUAAAUAAUGUCAUGUUUCAAUGGGCUAAAAAUUCGACGAAAGAUUCAAGUUGUGAAAAAUCACCAGUUUUGAACCAGUUAUCUUAUCAGUUAUACGUAUAUUACAUUGGUGACAGUGAUUGGACAGAAGAAGCUUUUUUUAAUGGCAUGAAAAAGAUGUUAACUCAUAGAUAUGUUAUGAAACAUGGAAAAAAGCUGAAAGAAAUAAAAUAUUCAUCAUCAAAAAAGCCGAUCUUUAAAUUGCCAUCUUACACAGGUCAAGGAACCAUUUACAAUGUAAUUGUAACACAUGGAAACCAGAUUGCUUCUUAUGUUCCCAUGACAACAUAUUCUUGUGAUCUUAAUGAACAAGAUGAACAGUGUCACUAUGCAUCCACAACCAGUAAAGUAUUGAUUAGUGUAGCUGGGAUACUUGGGUUGUUUCUUUGUUUUUUGGGACACAGAUAUUUCAAAACAGGAAAUUUUCUGAUGGCCUUUUGUGGAUUUUGUGUUAUUUUCUACUUAGUGUUGAACAUCUCCACAUCACAGUCAUUAACUGUUAUAUUUGUUCUGUCAUGUAUUUUGGCAACAGUAGCUGGUAUCCUGUGGCUAAUGCUUUGGUGGUGCAUUGGAGUACCAGUCCUGUCUGUUCUGGUUCCUAGUUUAACUGCUGGUUACCUGUUUGCAUGUGUACUCUUCUACACUGAUUUUGGUAAUUUACUGUAUUGGACAACAAGAUAUAAUUAUGGCAUGUCAUUUACUGUUGGAGUUUUGAUAUUACCAGUUCUGAUUUUAUAUUGGACCAGAGUGUUGAAUAUUUUGUGCUGUGCCUUCAUUGGAAGUUUUCUGAUCACUUUAACAAUAGAUGUAUGGAUAGAAGCUGGUCUGAAAUUUAUUAUUGUCAACACUUUUAGACAUGCUUACAUAGAUGGUUACUUGGAUGUCAUAGUAACAGGGCCUUUUCAAAUUAAAGAUAUUAUCCUUACUUGUGUGUGGAUAGUACUGUUUGUCACUGGAGCAGGAUUACAAUUUUACAGAGAACGGGGCAAACCAGAAUUCCCAUCCUGUCCUAGGAAGUUACGUAGAUUACGUCAACAACAUGCACCUAAUACCUCAGAUCAAGAUCACAUAGAUAGAGAUGAGCGUUCACCUUUAUUGAGAAAUGUCACUGAUCCUUAUUAUUCAACCAGAGAAAGAGAUCAAUCAGAAACAACCUGAUAUUGAUAUGGAUUUUAACCAUGUGUAAAUAUUUUACUGAUCAUGUACUAAGGAAAACAAAGGUUUUGGAGAAUAACAAAAAUACUGUAAUAAACUAUUUAAAUCUUCUAUGUCUGUUGAAUGUCUAACUUUAUUUAUAAAAAUGAUAAUUUAUUUAAUAUAUAUCUCAUUAUACAAAUGUAAUAACUAAUUUUUGUGCAAUUUUUGUAGAAUAUCUAAAAUAUCAUAAUCAUGGUAUACUUAUUACGCUUAUAUUUAUGUAUUUAUGUAUAUUAUGUACAUAUGUUUUCAUAUUUUUUUUUUAUUUUUUUUCUCUUCAACACCUUAAGAAGAACUUUUCAAUGAUGCAUAUGCGUUUCUUAAGCUAAUGUACUUCACUUACAUGUAUAUAUAAUAUAUACAGUACUAUGUUAUGAUUGUCAAGAAAUUUGUCUGCGGAAUGGUGCUUGUAAAGAACAAUAUUUUUAUUUUAUAUAUAAAUAAUCUAUUAUUUGACUAAAAUAUGGUUAUAAGUGACAUAACAUUUCAAAAGUUAUCUGGAAUCUGAUUUUUAGCUCACCUGACCUGAAAUGUCAAGUGAGCUUUUCUCAUCACUUUGCGUCCGUCGUCCGUAAACUUUUACAAAAAUCUUCUCCUCUGAAACUACAGGGCCAAAUUUGACCAAACUUGGCCACAAUCAUCAUUGGGGUAUCUAGUUUAAAAAAUGUGUCCGAUGACCGAGCCAACCAACCAAGAUGGCUGCCAUGGCUAAAAAUAGAACAUAGGGGUAAAAUGUAGAUUUUGGCUUAUAUCUCUGAAACCAAAGCAUUUAGAGCAAAUCUGACAAAAAGAAUUGUUUAUCAGGUCAAGAUCUAUCUGCCCUGAAAUUUUCAGAUGAAUCGGACAACCCGUUGUUGGGUUGCUGCCCCUGAAUUGGUAAUUUUAAGGAAAUUUUGCCGUUUAUGGUUAUUAUCUGGAAUAUUAUUAUAGAUAGAGAUAAACUGUAAACAGCAAUAAUGUUCAGCAAAGUAUGAUCUACAAAUAAGUCAACUUGACCAAAAUGGUCAGUUGACCCCUUAAGGAGUUAUUGCCCUUUAUAGUCAAUUUUUAACCAUUUUUCGUAAAUUUUUGUAAUCUUUUACAAAAAUCUUCUCCUCUGAAACUACUAAGACAAAUUUAACCAAAAUUGUCCACAAUCAUCAUUAGGGUAUCUUGUUUAAAAAAUGUGUCCGAUGACCCUGCCCGCAAACCAAGAUGGCCGACAUGGCAAAAAAAUAAUACAUAGGGUAAAAUGCAGUUUUUGGCUCAUAUCUCUGAAACCAAAGCAUUUAGAGCAAAUCUGAUGGUAUAAAAUUGUUCAUUAGGUCAAGAUCUAUCUGCCCUGAAAUUUUCAGACCAAUCAGGCAAUAUGUUGUUGGGUUGCUGCCCCUGAAUUGGUAAUUUUAAGAAAAUUUUGCAGCUUUUGGUUAUUAUCUUGAAUAUUAUUAUAGAUAGAGAUAAACUGUAAACAGCAAUAAUGUACAGCAAAGUUAGAUCUACAAAUAAGUCAACAUGACCAAAAUUGUCAAUUGACCCCUUAAGGAGUUAUUGCCCUUUAUAGUCAAUUUUUUACAAUUUUCAUAAAUUUUGUAAAUUUUUGUAAAUUUUUACAAAAUAUUUUCCACUGUAACUACUGGGCCAAGUUCAUUAUAGAUAGAGAUAAUAGUAAGGAGCAAGAAUGUUCAGUAAAGUAAGAUCUACAAACACAUCACCAUCACCAAAACACAAUUUUGUCAUGAAUCCAUCUGUGUCCAUUGUUUAAUAUGCACAUAGACCAAGGUGAGCGACACAGGCUCUUUAGAGCCUCUAGUUUUUUGUUGCCUUUUGUGUAAACAUGCUUGGCCUCAGAGUGUGAUUCAACAUUUCAGAAUCUACAAGUAGGGAUAGUUUCUGUCAUUUCUUUUAUCUGUUGGCCAUAAUCAUUUUAUUAACUUUGGAACUUCCACUUAGAAAUAAAUCACAAACAUCCUGCAGGAGAGUUUUUUUGGAUUGUUCUUAAAGACAUUAUGCUCAUAUAAUUUCUGUUUACAGUUAAACUUAAAUCUGUUAAAAUUUUGAAAACUAUUAUAAAUUCUAAUGCAAUUAUGUUGUAUCAAUGGUUCUGAUUGGAUGAUAAUAAUGUAAAAUUCUCUAUCUUUCUGUCUGUAACUAAGGAAGCCAACAUUUUGAAUUCUGGAAUGUAUUGACAUGUAUUUUCUCCAAUAAUAAGCAAAAAACUCACAUUUUUCACCUAGAAAUCUUCUUUUUAUCAAAUUAAAUUACAUUUUGAAGCGGACAAUAAGCCAUAAAAACGACAGGUGUUUACGUUUGAUGCCUGAAGCAUACAUAUGACGUCACCUAGCUAUAGAGCCAAAGAAGAUAACAUCAUUUCGCAGAAUUUUCUUUUAAUGAAAAUUUUACACUGAAAUAACGACUAAAACUGAAUGAUUUGUUUAUUUUGCAUUAGAAUAGAGAUAACUGUAUUGUAUUUGAAGCUUUGCGGACGUCCAUCGGUAGUUUUACUGUCGCAAAUAUCCGUUUAUCUGUCUACGCGUCGCCAGGUAAACUAAAUUUGCGACAGUAAAACUACAGAUGGACGUCCGCAAAGCUUCAAAUACACUACAGUUAUCUCUUAAUUUAGGUUAAUCGUGGUUAAAAGUUAUGUUUGUUUAAAGCUUUAUAAUAAUUUGUCAAAAAUUCAACUUUUGAAGUUUUGGAUUCUAUUAAUAAAGAUAUGAAAUUCAAUGUAGUUAUUUUGGGCAUUAAAAAUGUUCAUAUUCAUUAGUCAAUACUUAUUGAUAACCAGAACUAAGGGACAUAACUACUCUAAAUAAAAUCACUGGUACAUUUUGUUUUACCAUUUCAAUGAAAAUAGUCUAAGCUUUUAUAUAAUACAGCUUAUUUCAAAUCUUUAUCACAUGAAUGUCUGCCACAAACAAAUUAUUGUCUCAAUGAAUUAUUUCCAUUGAAAUGGUUCUAUCCCUUUUAAAGUGCAAAAAAAAAAAAAAUAAUAUAAAAACAUUUCAAAGUGUAUGGAGACAUACAGAACUUUUUUCCUAGAAAUAUUGAUUCACAGUUUAUAAUUUAUUUGUGAUUAUAGACUUUUCUAUUUGUUUGUAAGUGAAUUCGUCCCCUUUUUACAACAAUAAAUUCCUUUAAAAAGGUGUUCAAUCCUUAUAAUUCUUUAAAAUUGGAGAUAAGAAAAUAAUUUCCUAACUCCUCACCUCAAUCACAAGUAAAUUGUAUAUUUGUGGCAUUGAAUUGGCCUGGUGCAUGCAUAUAUUUUUUGUUUAACGCAACUUGAAAAAUGUUCUCCAUGAAAUAUGCUACUUGAUAAAAAAAAAUACUACAAAAAUAUCUAAUUAUUCAUUAAAAUGAAUGUUUUAUGUUUAUUAUUUAAUUUAACAAUGCACACGAAGUGAAAAUAAAUAUAUUUAACGUCGGGCCGGUUUGUGUCAUUAUCGCCGCCAUCUUUUUUACCUUGGUUACAAAAAAGGAGUUCCGUCGACGUCCUCUAUCGAAAAACAAAUAACUUCAAGAGCCACUACCGUAAGCCCUCUUGACCCAUCAUAUAAACAUAUUCCCAAAUAUGCAAAUCAUAUAAGAAUUAUAUAUAUGUAAACAACAUUACGUUUUAAAUUAAAGAAAAAAUGUAUUGGCAGA